AUGGCGGCGAUGACGGUGCGUGACGUGCUGUACAUGUACAGCGUCGCACGGCAGGCAUACGACCGGUUCUUAUCCGUGUGCGGCUGCCCGGAGAAAGCCCAGAACGCGGUGGCACUGCUGGUGUGGCUGGACCAGGGCACCAUCUCCGCCAUACACCACGUCCCAGCCAUGGCGCCCGACGCCGUCGCCGUCGUCGCGGAAGAGGCCAACGCCGUCCUCGAGUGCCUCCGCCACCAGGUGCCCGCGCUCCCGCCCAUCCCGCUCAUCUCUGCGCUCUGCAUGCAAGGCGGUGUCCGCAUCGAGCCGGGCUUCUUCGCCUUCCACCAGGACCUCGUCGUCCGCGGCGUCGCCCACUUCCUCAAUGGCCCCGGCAAGUUCGUAUUUGAUGACCGCCUGCACGUCCUGCUCCGGAGGUCCGAGACUGGGCUGAUGGUCAGCCCGCCAGAGCUCAUGGCGCCCUACACCUCCCAACCAGUGGCCGUGUCGGAGGACUGCCGCUCCAUGUUCAUCACCUUCUCCAAGGGAAGUGCCCUCCAUCGUGAGGAGAUCUUUGAGUACUUCAAGAAGAAGUGGGGUGACUGUGUGGUAAGGGUGCUGAUGGAGAAGACCAAGGGAGGCCACAUGCCCAUGUAUGGCCGGAUCAUCUUCAAGACAGAGGCGAUCGUGAAGCUCGUGCUCAAUGGGGAGAGGCUUGUCAAAAUCUCCGUCGGACAACGUGGGAUUUGGCUUCGCAAGUACGCCCCGAGGCCAACCAACGCUGCCGCCUGA